AUGGCCGCACCGAGCCCGGGACCCCGCGAGGUCCUGGCCCCCUCCCCAGAGGCUGGAUGCAGAGCAGCCACCUCGACCUCCGGCCGCCGUGGCCUCCUCUGGCGUCUUCGAGACAAGCAGACUCGCCUUGGCCUGUUUGAGAUUGGCCCGGGGCAUGAGCUGCACCAGCUGACAUGCAUGAUGCAGACAGGGCUGUGGGCUGCCACCCAGGUCUCCAUGGACCACCCACCCACAGGACCGCCCACUGAGGAGGAUUUCUCCGAGGUCCUGACCCAGGUUCACGAGGGCUUCGAGCUGGGCACCCUGGCUGGCCCAGCCUUCGCCUGGCUGCGCCAAUCCCUAGGCCUGGCCGAGGAGGACUAUCAGGCGGCGCUUGGCCCAGGUGGCCCCUACCUGCAGUUCCUCAGCACCUCCAAGAGCAAGGCCAGCUUCUUCCUGUCCCACGACCAACGCUUCUUCCUGAAGACCCAGCGGCGUCGGGAGGUGCGGGCCCUGCUCGCCCACCUGCCCCGCUACGUGCAGCAUCUGCAGCGGCACCCGCACUCGCUACUUGCGCGGUUGCUGGGAGUGCACAGUCUGCGGGUGGCUCGGGGAAAGAAGGAAUUCUUCAUCAUCAUGCUGAGCGUCUUCUAUCCCUCGGGCCGCAUCUCUGAGAGGUAUGACAUAAAGGGCUGUGAGGUGAGCCGAUGGGUGGAGCCAGCCCCUGAGGGUAGCCCCCUUGUCCUGGUGCUGAAGGAUCUCAACUUUCAAGGCAAGACCAUCGACCUGGGGCCCCAGCGGAGCUGGCUCCUCCACCAGAUGGAACUGGACACCGCCUUCCUCCGGGAACUCAACGUGCUCGAUUACAGCCUCCUGAUGGCCUUCCAGCGUCUCCAUGAGGAUGAGAGGGGCCCGGGCAGCAGUCUCAUCUUCCGCACGGUCAGGUCUGUGCGAGGGGUACAGAGCCCGGAGGAGCCGGGAUCCCAGAACCGCCGGCUGCUGCCCGAUUCCCCCAACGCCUUACACAUCCUGGACGGGCCGGAGCAACGCUAUUUCCUGGGCCUCGUGGAUCUCGCCACGGUGUACGGGCUCCGCAAGCGGCUGGAGCACCUAUGGAAGACGCUGCGCUACCCGGGCCGGACCUUCUCCACCGUCAGCCCCGCUCGCUACGCCCGUCGCCUCUGCCAGUGGGUGGAGGCACACACCCAGUGA